ACACAGAUCAUAGUAUAGUAUCUCUCGUGUACAUCUCAAAUAAGGCAUCCCGCGUGUACCUUUCACUGUACUCUUUAAACAUAUAAUACAAUACAAACCAAGUCGGCCAGAGGAAGACAAGACGGAAAGUGAAGCAGUCGACGCUGGCAAAACUAAAAAAUGAGAGGUCCACACCCACACUCCAUUCCCUUUCUCUUUUCUCUCCCCCCCUCAUUCCCCCUCUAUGCUCCUCUACCAAAGCGAUUACUCUACUCCAACCAACACACUUCUCUAUAUCUAUAAAUCCAAUAUCAAUUCCUCUACUUAUAUUAUCACAAGACUAGCUCACAACUUAAUCAAGUCCAUGGAUUUGAAUCCCCCUCUCUGUUGCCUAUGCGGCGACGUCGGUUUUCCAGCCAACCUCUUCCGCUGCACCAAUUGCUCCAACCGGUUUCAACACUCUUACUGUAGCAACUACUACAGCGGGGAAUCGGGUGAUGCAAUAAUUCGAGUAUGUGAUUGGUGCCGAAGUGAACAAAGAACCCGCCGUCCUGCUGCCUUUGCAACUACUACAUCCCAAAAGGAUCGAAAAAUUACUGAAAUAAGAAGCUCUGCCGCCGGACUGCCUUCCCCUCGCCCUGCUCCACGCCGAUACAAGCUUCUCAAAGAUGUCAUGUGUUAGACAAGUUUGAAUAUUUAAACCAAUCAAAAAUACCCUUUAUCAUUUUUCAUUUUCUUACUUACUUUACACACGCACACACACAAACACAUGUAUAUCUUAAUCUAAUCCUGUAUGUAUGUGUAUGUCGCUCGAUAAGCUUCAUGCGGCUCUCUGUAAUUUAUAAUUUGAAGUUUGAAGAUAAUGAACUUUUAAAUA